UGCACAAAUCAGUACUGACAAAGCAACAGCUGGGAUCUAAUACAAAGACCUCAUCCACAACUUCUUAUCUCCCAAAAGAAUCAAAGCAAGUCAAAAGAUGGAAUCAAAAAUGAUGUACCAUGCCGGCCAUUUGCCUUGCCCGGUGAACCUGGAGAUUUCCCAUCAUCCUCUGAGCAUGAGACGAGUGGUGAACGUGGUCAUCGCCAUGGAGCGCAUCAAAAACAGUGUGGCCCAGUCCCUCCUGAGCCCCGACUUCAGAGACGAGAACCUGCUCAGCAACUUGUUAGAGAGCAUGAUAGAAGAGAGGUUUGUGUCAGAGGUGUUCGCAGCACAACCUAAGUUCACCAGAGUUGGAGAGCAUUAUUGCAGUGUGACUGACAACCAAAAGAGGAACCUGGUCCUGGUCCAAGAGAGCCUAAAGCUGCAUGCUGUCAUGCUGCAGGGAGGCAGUGAGAGACGCCAAGUUCAACUGAACCUGUCGACAUAUCGACCCCCAGUACCCAGCGCUGAGGAAAGACCAGUGGCCCUGGGCAUAAGAGGCACAGACUACUACCUGUCCUGUCACAAGGAGGGCACUGAGCCAAGUCUGCACUUGGAGACUGUGGCAGACAAAGGCGUGCUCCAAAACAUCACCUCUGGGAGUGAAAUGACGCGUUUCAUUUUUUACAAACACGACACUGGUCUGAACCUGAGCUCUCUACGCUCUGCUCGCUUCCCUGAGUGGUACAUCAGCACCGCAGAGAUGGACCAUCAGCCCAUCCGGAUGUGUGCACAGGCCACCAGCUACAGCACCUUCUCCUUCCAGCGCCAGAAUUAGACCCUCUCUGUUCUCUCACUGAAGCACUACUGCUGGGCAUAGCAACAUUUCAUUAUGUAAUAUUAUUGUAUGUACUGAGUACAAAGUAUGCCAGUGUAAUGACAAGUCACAUUUUGACAC